AUGGGUAUAAACAACUUCCUUGGUGGCUUUCAGGUUCAUUACUGCAAUGCCCAGAGAAUGUUAGAAAAAAAGAGGCAGGCUAAAAACAGCAAUCCACCAGGUGGUGGCUAUGGGUGGGUUGUGGUAGUGUCAGCCUUCAUGGUGAUGGGCUUCACUGCUGCCAUCCUCAAGACUUGUGGUCUGUUCUUUGUUGAAAUCCAGCAACAUUUUGAUGAACUUGCAAGCACCACUUCCUGGAUCACAUCAGUAACUAUUGCCAUCUCUCAUUUAGGAGCCCCUGUUGCUAGCUCACUAUGUGUAUGAUACACUCAUCGGACACUUGUGAUCACUGGAAGACUCCUGGCUUCUUCAGGAAUGGCACUGGAAUUUCUUGGACUCAACAUGGUCUAGAUGUAUGCAAUGACUUGCUUCCCACAGGGGCUCAGGAUUUCCUUUUAACGGACACUAGCCAUUAGCAUUGUUAGCCAUCAUUUCUCCCAGAAAAGAGCUUUGGCCAAUGCUAUUGCCAGUGCCGGAGAAUGUGCCUUUGCAUUCACAUUUGGGCCAUUUUUCCAGUGGUUGAUUAGUCAAUAUGGAUGGAGAGGUGCCCUCUUGAUCAUAGGUGGCAGACGACUCAAUAUUUGUGUCUGUGGAGCACUGAUGAGAGCCCUGGCAAGCCGCUGCCUCCUUGAGGCUAGCCAUUCUGAAACUGAGACACCACCUGGCAAUGGUGCAUCUAGGACAGACAAAGAAAAUAAGUCUCCCAUCACACACAAAACCUGCGACUGGAUGCUUGUGAGGCGACCGGAAUUUGUACUUUAUGACAUUUUUGGCAUAUUAGCUGCUAUGAGGUUUUUUGUUCCUCCAUUACUUUUAGUUCCACUUAGCUGCAGCCUGGGAAUAGAUGAAUUGUGGACUGCAUCCCUCCUAUCCACUUUGGAUGACUUUGUGGACAGACUGCAGUUUGGCUGGUAUGCCACUCUCCACAUUACCAAAACUGUUCAUCUGCUGACAAUGACAAUUACACUGAUCAGUACUUCCCUGAUGCUGUUGCCACUAGCUAACAAUUACUUGUCCUUGGCAAUAUUCACUGGCUUCUAUGGAUUAUUCUUUGGUGCAACAGUUGCCGUUCACAUUACAGUGCUAGCAGAUAUUGUAGGCAUGCCAGAUUUUGACAGCGCUGUGGGGCUUUUAAUGCUCAUUCAAAGCACUGGAGGUUUUGUGGGUCCUCCUCUUGCUGGUCUGACUGUGGACAUGGCUGGAGAUUGCAGAGCAGGCUUCUACAUGGCAGAAGCCACUCUCGUCCUAUCAGCUGGAUUUUUAGUUGCUUUCGAUCAAGUCCAAUACAGAAAAGAAAGAAGACGCCAGACUAACACUAAACCAGAAAAGUCAACGUUACCCUACCAUUCCCUCCAUCUCCUGAAACUUCAAAGCAGAACGUACUGAGAACAUGACAUAGUGGUGUGAUUAGAUCAGGCAUUUUUCAGCAUUUCAGGACAUAUGGAAGUGUUUUAUUUUCUCCAAACUCCAUAUUAGUAGGAUUUAUAAAAUGAUGGAAGUUUUGGAUAGAAAUGUUUGAAACUGCAGAAGAAAGGCAUUAGUUUACAAACAACCCACACUAGUAACCAUUAUAAUACUAUUUUCAUGUUGAAG